CGGAGGAGGGAGGCUUCAGGUAAAAUCGAGAGGGAGGUCGGUGGGCCGCAGGGACGGGGAGGGAAGAAGUGGAGGCCCGGCCUUUCCUCCCCUCCCCCUCGGUCCGCACUUCCCGUCCUUUGUUUCCAAACACCGCGAGGCCUAGCGGUGGCCUACACAGCCUGGGGCUGGAGUGAGUCAGCGAAGCCUGUGCUGGUGACUGGCCUGGUCUUUGUCGGUGGGGGCGUUAGAGAGGGACUCUUUGUUUUUUCUUUGGGAAGAGAAGCGGGUGGGAGCAAACGCUGGUUUCCUUUUGUAGCGGGCGGCGCUUCACCUCUUUGUUUGAAUUCAAGCCCCAUGUGGACUCGCCAUUGAAGGCGGUGUUUGUUGGAAAAGCCGCACCGCCACAAAGAGGGGCAGGCAACUGGAGCUCUGAUUCACUCACCGCAACCCGGGCACCCCUCUUUAUUCAAUACAGGCUGCUGUCUCCUUGUUCAAUAAAGUCUCAACCCUUCAGCCUUCAUUGAUGAGCAUUGUGCAAGGUAAUGACUCAAGAUAUUUCGCAGUGUUCGCCCCAGAAGUUUAAAACGCGUCCGUAUCCACACCCUCGCUAUACUGUGCUUGUGCUUAGUCAUAAACUCUUUCGUCUCUGGAUCGUGGUGUUUGUUCCCGGACCGAUCAUGGACAAGACUUCCUGACAUGAGUUACUCCGAGUGAAACAAAGAAAGUCCUGUAAUGGAGUCAGGACAAGAUCAGACUGAUGGCUUGCAAAACAGAAAGGAUGACUUAAUUAAUUUCAGCAUCCCUGUGGAUUAUCAGAUUGAUUGCUCAAGAAAUCAGAGAGAGGGGCUGCAGGCGAACGAUUCUCUAGAACUAUUGCACAGUGGGACCAUGGAUACACAAUACAGUUUGUGUACUAAAAAUGUAGCUGAAGACCUGGAGACCAACACAGGGUCUACUGUACCACAGACUGAUAAGGUACACUUGGAUGAUGCCAUUUCCAGUACUACAGUUACAGUCUCUUAUGUCAAUCGACCCCACCUGUUCUCUUCCCAACGGAUAUUGCAGCAUUCCUUGCAUGAGCAGCCAUUGGCAUCACUCUUUAUUCCAUCUGUUUGCGUACCGUCUCAGCAGAUGGUGCCAGUCUCAUUAGAAUCAUCCAUACCGACCAAUUUUGUUGACUCGUCAUUUGAAAGCUCUGUGUUGGCACAGUCUGAUGAUCUGGAGCCCAUUAGAAGAGGCCUUGAAAAUGGAAUUGACUGUAAUAUUAUGAACCAACACAGCCUGAAGGUGCUGGACUUGGAUUUACCAUUGGCCUCUUCUGCAGUUCAUGAACCUGGAUCAUGUGAUAGUCCACUCGAACAGGCAUUAGAUACUGCAGAGGAAACCUUGUAUGAACAGUCAAGUGUUUCAGCUGAGUUGGAAUCACAUGACCCUCCGUACCAGUUUUCUGGAGAAAUACGUCAGGAAGAUGAAUGGCGGAAUAUCGUAAGUCCUGCUAAAACUGAUGUUCAAGACUCUGAAAUUAUUGUAAUAGAACUGACUCGGCCUUCAGUGUCAGAGAAUAGACCAAACGGAAACCUGCUGGGCAGAGUGGAACACUGUGAAACACAAAAUGGCACUGUUGUCUUCACUGAUGUUGAAAACUUGAAUAACCAGUAUACAGAGGUUGAGCCUGAGCCUGUUUGUGAUUUGAGCAGGGGUUGCAAAGAGCAGACAAAGGUCGAAAAUGUCUAUGAAUGUUUGGAGGUUGCAGUAUCAGCUGAACCUGAAGCAAGCCUCAGUGAGGAGACAUCCAAUAAAACAUGUCCAAUUGACUUAACAGAAGUGGAGCAUAAUGUUUCCACAGUUUGUGACACAAGUGGACUAGCUCUAAAUUCCUUGAAAACGUCACCAAGUUUAGUAAGACAAGAUGAUUGCCAGAGAGCCUAUGUGUCAAGUUAUGAGGAGGCAGCCACUGUAUAUGAUGUGCUACAAAAUUCUGAAGAAACAAUGCUUAGCACAAGCGGUACUGCAGACCUUCACCGUUUUCAAGUAACAGACAUCCUUUCAGAACAGGAUGUGAAAACUGGAGAGUGGUCUUGUGACCAAGAAGUAGCUUUUGCAUCUGACCUAAAGAACAGAAAAAGACAUCAUUCAGAGAGCAAUGCUGAAAGCACUCAAACUAACAAUCUCAUGGAAAUCAAUUGCAACUCACCAGACAGUACAAUUUCUCCAAGUAAUGGCGAUCUGACACCAAAUCUUAAAGUAACCGAACAGUCCGUGAGUAGUGAUGAUAGCUGCAUGGAGGUGGAAAGCCAGAUUUCUAUCAGUGAUCCAAAUGGUGCCCUGUCUGCAACCAAAUUGAAUUUGAAGGAGAGCCCUGAAUCAGAACAGGUUGUUAACAAUGUAUGUGAGGACAGCAGAAGCUCAGCUUCUUUGAGCGAGCAGAUGUUUCCUUCUUUGCAGAAGCCAUCUGUUUCAGAAAGUAACCACCCCAAGAUAAAGCCUUGCUCCCUUGAAUUGCAUAAACUAAACGUUCUUGAAACUGAAGGGAAGUGUGACGUUCGAGGAUAUGUAUUAGACCUGAAAAAAAAUAAUGUUGCAUCAAUGGCGUGCAGCAUUUCUAUGAGUCUUUCUUUAGCCAAGCCUGGAAAAGUUGUUGAGGACAGAGAAGAGGCAGACCCUGUUGAGAACUACGAAAAAAGUGAUCAGAGCUCCAGCACGGACAAUGUUUGUGAAUUCUUGUCUGUUCGGGAAGGACCACAAAUUCUUAGUAGGCGAAAGCUAGCCUUGGUGGCCAAGCCUGAUGACAAUGAUGUAGUCUGCAUUUCUGAAGAGGAGGAUGAUAGUAGUUUAGUUACAAAAACUGAUAUGCACCAGGAUCAGGCUCAAGUUCAUGAGAAUAGGAAAUGGAGGACAGCAAGUCAACAACAUCUGAAUCAGAAGAAACUUGCAGAUCAACUUCAACAAAAUGACAACAGCAUUGAGCCCAAGCAUUUUGAAAGGAAGAUUCUUCCACCAAGGCAAAGAGGAAUGAGGCUGGAACAGAUUGUGCAAAAUAUCGUCACUCAGCCUAAGUCAAGAACAUCAAGCCUCAGUGAAAGACUGCGAAGAAGCAGGGAUACACGGACUCCUACCAGGUUUCAACCACCAAGGUACAAAUCCUGCAGUUCUACAACAGAACAAAAGUCCAAGGGUAGUGCUGGGUGCUCUCCCUGCAUCAGGGAUUCUGUACAAACAAUGACUUUGGAAUACAAAAUACAAGAACAUAAUGAAGCUAACCAAGGAGAAACCAGUACAAUAACUGUGGAGAAACUGAACAAAAAUAAAUCUACCUCAAUUCCAGGCUCUUGCCAGGGACAUGCAACAAAAUUGAGCACUCCUAUUUCCCCUUCCGCAUCUUUAUGCAGUGCCUCUUCAUCUUCAAAGCAGUUGACAGAGAUCUCCCGGAAGGGCCAUCCUUCAGGCAGUAAGCAAGAGUUUGGUAAAGGUGACCUCAAGUGUAUAAACAGAAGGAAAAGAAAACAGCUAGAAAGCACUAAGAAUGCCUUGCAGCCAAAGAACUGUGUGUCUUCCCGACAGCGAUCUACGCAGCAGAGGACAAGGGGCACAGCAAGAAAGAGAAUACGCAAACCAGCGGGUAAAAAGCGGCAAACACGACGACACCAACCCUCGUCAUUCUUUGCACCUGAAGAGCCAGAGAUAAAGCUAAGAGCAUUGUCUCUUAAGGUUGAGGACAGACGAGAUAGAUACGAUAGUUUUUCACCUUACAUUCGGGUAGAGACAAAAGGUUAUUCAACGUGUACUGUAGUAAACUAUGCUGAGGAGGAUAAUAACAAUCUUAAACAAAAGAAACAUUCCCAACAGCAGUCGCAUGGUGCAGUUCCAAAAUCAUCUUGCUUGACAUUGGGUCCUACAAUUAAUGAGGCCUCUCUCAAAAGCUUGCUGAUCUGUUGUCUUUGUGGCCAGUCUGCAAAUGCGAUGGAACAAGGUGAUCUUUUUGGACCUUUCUAUCCCAGAGGAUAUACACCUUCAAGUAGCCAAACUGCCCACUCAAAAGAUACUAAGACUGAACAACCUAGCACAGUUGUUUCUAGUGCCAGUUGUAAUUCUGUUAGGAAUGCAGUAAAUAAAACUCCAGGACAAAAUCAGGAGUCUAGAACAAGGGAAGGUACAACAACACGUGGCCAGAAACGCAGAGGUUUGGACAGUGUUGAAGAAACCACAAAAUGUUCUGAUAGUAAGAAGCCCAAGAAUGAAUUGUCUUUGGAAGAGUGGUACCAGCCUCCAUUGGUCCCAAUGGACAGUAACGAAUAUUGGAUGCAUGAAGACUGUGUGACGUGGUGUGCUGGUGUAUUUCUUGUAAGAGGGAAGCUGUAUGGUUUGCUGGAAGCCAUUAGUGUUGCACAGGAGACGCUCUGUUCCAUGUGUGAGAAAACCGGUGCCACUUUAGGCUGCUACAUUAAAGGCUGCCCCCUUAAGUACCACUAUGCCUGUGCUGUAAAUAGUAAAUGUUUCCUAAAUGAAGAUAAUUUCUCAAUGAAAUGUGCAAAACACAAGGACAAAGCUCUGAAAGUAUCAGCAAAGGGAGAAAGCAGGUGACAGUGAUACUGAGGCUCAAGUCUACUGAACUAUUCCCAGGAGAUGGUCAAGAUGUUUUGAGAGAGAGUCAGCCUUUACAAUGCAGCAAACUGAAGAUAAAGAAAGCACUGUGGUCUACCAUGCCCUUUAUUUUGCAUCUGUUGGUUAAGUAGAAUGAGUUAAUGUUCACAUAUGUCCAAGAUCUUCAGUCAUUAUUAAGAAGAUUAUUUUUCCCCUCAUUAACAAGACUGUUCGGUGACAGUGAUGGGAAGGUGUGUUUCUGUGUUGUGUUUAAACUUUCUGCCACAAGAACAGGAAGUGAUCUAAAUAUGCAGUACAAUACCAUGAUCAUCUUAAUGGUGCUUCUGUGUGAAAUGUCAGGGUUAAAAUCACCAAAGGUCCUGUUUCUAGUCAUUUGAUCUCCACACAUUGUGGUGCACUGUCAUUCUCAGCCUGCAUGGUGAUGCUGUAACAGUCAGCACUUAACUCAAAACAUCAACACCGGGAUUUCUUUGUGCCCUUGAAAGCUGUGGUCUCCUAUUUAGUUAGCCCCAAGUGCAGUAUAGCAGUAUCAUCCUCCUGCUAAUAGUCAGUAUUCAGUUAGUUGACCAUGUCAGAGCAAUAUUGCUGGAAAGAGCAGAACAAAACAACAUCACGUUAAAAUCUUUUGGAAAUGCUCAUUGGAAACAGAGAACAUGCUGUUUUACACUCAUGGAACAAAAGAGGUCAGAAUGAUGUACUUAAUGUGAUCUUUUUUUCCCCAUAGUUACAGGUAGCUACCAUAAAAUUGUUUCUGCAUUGGUUGUUAUUUGUGAUUUGCCCCAAAAUAGUCUUAUGCAAAAUUUGCCUUUUUGCUCUUGUAGCUACUUCACGAAGGAUUAUUAUAUGACAGGAUUUUUGAAAAACUCACUGUAAAUGACAGCCUUUUUGUUUUGGCCUCUACUCAAGGGCAAGAUCUGUUAAACUGUGCCUAUUUUUCAAUUCCAGAUUCUUUUAAUACUUUAAAUUCUACUGGCUUUUAUGAUCAUUUGAGAAGCUAUGGUUCUUUUCAAAUACUUUGUUCCAUAUAUUUUAAAACAAAAAGUAGACUCCUAACCACAUUUUAAUGGCUUGUUUAAAGGGCCGUUUUAUCCAACUGCAAUGUGUGUGAGUUGGUGAGCCUGACUCUGGUUAAGGAUGGGUGUAACAAUCUAAACAUAAUAAAAAUUACAAUUUAAAACCAUUACUGUGUGGCUUGAGUAAGGGCAACAGACAUUGAGUUUGGCUCACUUGACCUUAAGCCCCUAGUUUAGUUGUGUCCUGAAGGAGAAACGUGAUGUAGAUUUUGUUCUAUUUAAUACCUCUAGGUUAGGAGAAUUGUGUAGUUAUUUUGUGUCUUCUAAAUAAAUUGUGUAUAACCCAGCCAAGGGAGCUCUACAGUGCAGAUACCACUUUUAUCAUAUAUAUAGAGAUAUAUAUAUAUAUAUAUAUAUAUAUAAAUCUAUUUAUUUUUAAAAUUAACCAUACUUAGAACUUCAUAAAUCCCUUAAAUUCCAUCUACUCUUCUUACACAGUGACUUAUACAGCACAAAUAAAGCUCAGUUAGGUUGAGCUAUCUUGCAAGAGUUAUUACAGUUGCCUUCUCAAAAAUUCUUGAUUAAGAUGCAUGAAACCAAUCAUAUCUCAGAUCUUCUGUAGUCUGGCGAUCCAAGUGUACAGAUUAAACUGGGAACUGUGACCAGUCUCAAAUGCAGUGACAGGUGCUUUAAGCUUUAAAACACUGUCCCCAAACCUUGCUAAAUAUUGAUGAUCCUGCAGAACGCUUACAUUUUCGUAUUUUGUUUCAUCUGACUUUUUUGACUUCGAAAUAAAUGAGUCUGUCCUCAAUAUUUACAAUGUUGGCUGAAGUUCUGUCAAACUUCAGCUCCCUUGCCUAAAAUUUACAAAUCCCAUUCAAUUCUUGCUAUAGUUGAAUAGCUUCAGGCUGCAUAAUGAAGCAUUGCUGAUAGCCUCAUGGAAAGCAGAACAGAUGUGAAGUUCGGAAGAACUGCUUGCUUUGUAGGUUGCUCAAAUCACAGUCCCCAAAAACAAGAGAACCCAACUGAGGAAAAGGGCACUUAUUGCUGAACCUUUGCUGCAGAGGUUUAGUUUGACCUCAAAUACACUUCUCUUCACUAUGUCAGCAACAUGAGCCAAACAUCUUGAGGAAAUCUCUGGCUGGACUUUUGUUACAUGCUGACUGAGCUAAUCCCAUCUGAAUCAGAAUUCAGUGGUAUGACAUUUAAAGCAGAGAAAUAAAUUGAUCAUUGUUCUCACAUCUAAUCACUGUCCAAUUGGGGAUAUGUAUGUGGACUUCUAACAUGUUCAAUUAUCAGUUAGCUUGCUGACAUUCAUUUACAUCUGCACACAUGUAGAAUGCCCACUGGGUAAGUAGUUCCUGUAAAACUGAUGCCCAGCAUUGAGUACCUCAGGAAGAAAAGGGAGAUGCAGUUUGAGAUGCAGUGAAAUAGAAGUACAGUUCUGGUAGUCCAGUGAUUGCAGUGUUGCUGAGUGGUUUAACUCUCCGUUUGGGCCAUAGUUUCUUGUCAGUCAUGUGGUAAGUUGAGCAAAUUUUAUGGUCUCUGUAUGUUUUGUUCAGAAGGCGAAAUGUUACAAAGCUUGCUGUGAUGUUUUGGACAGCUGGACAAACAGAAGUUUACGUUCCAAAGUGUAAAAUGAAAAAGCCAAGGGGGAAGAGACGUAUUUAACUCUUAGUGGUUUCUGCGCAAAGACUUAGGUGUACAACCAUUCAGAUAUCUAGGAAUCAGCCAUUUUUUGAGCAAAUGCACUUUCAGCACAUCAGAUUACUGUGACAUAUUGGAUCAUUGUAAAGGACCAUGGUUUGUAAUUUUAGUUGGUUUACUGAAAGAUCAUUAUGGUUAUCUUACUGCCUGUAGCCUUGUUAGAAGUCUUGAGAUGGUUGAACCUCAGAAGCUAGCUGUUGUGAUUUAAUUGUUCCUAAAGAUAAAUGUAAAUGUGAAGGGCAAAAAUUAAAAAGGAUUUUGUUAAUUUUUUUUUGUAUUCUUAAGUUUUCUUUAUUGACGUUCUCCCCUUUUCUCUGUGAUCUCUAACGUCUGACAUAAUGUGUCACCUCUGUUUUUGUUUAUCUUGCACUUUUUGGGUUCUACUUUUACACAAUUAAAGUUAUUUUAAUGUAAUUAUUACAAUUAUUUCAUUAUUGUAAUUGUUAUUACUGUGUCAUAGAUUUGCUCUUUGAGCUACAGUGGAAGACAUAUCACAGGGACCUAUCUAAAUCCCACCAAAGCAUGAUUCUUCUCUCAGUUCACUCCUACCUAGGAGUGUCUAGAAAGUGGUCAGGAGUUGAAUCUGGGCAAAUUUUCCUCUUCCCUAAACCAAGGAGAGCUGAUUGCCAUUCCCUGCUAAGAUAACUGACGCAUCUUUGGUUCAUCAUCUAACUGUGUAGAUGUUUUUCAGCCACAGGCUGUCCUGUUUCAUUCCUAAUUCUCACCUUUGGCACUAGUUACAGAAUAAUAGAUGCCACAAAGAACAAGAGUCUCUUUUACACUACAACUGAAGCAGAGUAUUUAACUGGAGCAGCCUAACAAGGAAAUGAAGUAUUGCCUCCUCUUUAACUGUAUUCUGGUUAAAUGUUAGCUAUGCAAAUAAACAUAUUUGUUAACGUCAGCUGUGAAUGACUGGGAUAGCCUUACAAAAAUCAGUCUAGGACAAUUUUUAAAAAAAAACACAGCAAGGUAACUUUAGUCUGAGUCACUUGACGAGUCGUAGCUAGCAGUUGAUAUUUUCUGGUAACUUAAUGCCAGAAAUGACCAAUAGCUCAUUUUAAAUUGGCUUGAAACAAAUCUGUACUUGAUGCAAAACAAAUGUGUUUUAUAGUGACUGUCGAGACUGGAUGCCAAUUUCAUUUCUGAAACCUGUUCAUUCCGAAUGUUGUCUAUUUCUCUUUUACCAACAUGAUGGUGUUGUAACCGGUUGUAACUUGCUCGUGACUUUGACAGCUGUCCUACAGUGUGCACCAUGUUGUCAACCAAAAAUACAAUGGCAACAGAUUGAGUUCUUCCCCCAUUUUAUUCUUGACUAGAAACUGGUGCAGCAAGUUGCCCCAAACUGAGGCUGAGUCUGAAACUGUGUCUGUGCCCUUCUUUGCCCUUCUCUCAUUCCUAGUUUUAAACCUUAGUGGCCCACUGGUGUAAAACUGAUUACUUCACAUUACUCCUACUCUACCGAUGCUGCAUUUGCUGAGUUGUGCUUAUCCUUAGGGCUGGGCUCCUUGCUUUCCAACAAUCUUGCAAUGUAUUAUGGAGGCCUACACCCAGCUAGAUAUGGAAGAGUUCCUACAUCGUAUGUGGCUGAGAUGGGUAAAAUCACAAAUGAAGAUGAACUGUACUGAAGCUACGAACGGAGCUGUUGUACUGGUCAGCAUCUAUUAAUGAAAUGAAGCUGGAUAUUGCUGCCCAUGACCAGAAAAGGCAAAGCUAGCUCCACAUCCUACAUCAACCCUCAAAAGGCUGAGGCACUAAUUAAGCAGCAAGAACCUCGUAAUGAAGGUUGCUGUACUUGUUUACCAGCAUUCACUGCAAAUUGUUCGGAUGUUUAACCCCGAGGUGCAGCCUCUUGUUGCAUAGCAGUUUGGUGAAAAGUGCUUGGCUCGUGGGCUGCAGUUUACUGCUUUAAUUGUAUUUCUUUAUACUGGCUUCAUUUUCUUCAAGCUGAACUGAGACUUUUUAUAUAUAUUAAAAAGAUGUCCUUUAAAAUUAGGCUGCAAGAGUUUUAUGUGCUUGUUGUAUUUUAUUUUUAAAUUCAAGUGGUGUUUUGUCA